UGACGUCAUAAUAUGACGCGUGACGUAAACUCUCCGCGCCGUGAAGCAGUGAAGGCGAUGGCGGUGUCCCAACCGAGAGAAGAGAAAGAGAGCGAGGAUUGCUCUCUGCUGCCUUUAGUUCACGAUAUUAUCAAAUGCAUGGACAAGGACAGCCAGGAUGUCCACCAAGAACUGGCCAAGCUGAAGGCAAAGAUCCAGGAGGCUCGGGAGCUCAUAUCCAACAUGCCCGGGGUAGACAGCAGUCCGCCGGAGCAGCAGCAGCAGCUCGCUACCCUGCGGGAACAGGUCCAAACCAAGAACCAGCUACUGCAGAAAUACAAGAGUCUCUGCAUGUUUGACGUGCCGAAAGCAUCGUGAAAGCGGGGACCCGAUAGCUGCAUUGACUGGAGGAAGCGCACACACGGAAAACACAAGGAAGUAAGGACGGGUUUGGUUUCUUCCCGACCUGUGGAGCAGAUGUGGCGUUCAAGAACACCGGGAGGACAUUUAAAUGAACACUGACUUAUUUCCCCUCAAUUGCAUCUAAUGUCGUCCGAUUUCCGUCACGCACGUUCUUUUUCCUUGCUAAAAUGCAAACUUAGUUUAUAGUAUUUGUAUUAAAGGUUGUUUUCAGUAAAUCUACUGCAAUGUUUUGUAAUAAAAUCAUUGAUUAUCAACUAGUGUCUUAAAUCCUCUUUUUGAUUUCUACAACGAGUCGUACACAAUAUUUUAAUCAUUAUUUGGUCCCAGCAUCUUUUUGACAGAAAAUGUAUAGGCAAAGUGACCAUUUUGUCAAUAGUGGAUUAUCAAAUAGAUGUAUUAGUGGCAAUAAUAAAUUGCCCUUGACAAGAGA